AUGGAUGCAAGUUCAAGUGACGCGUCGGAGCCGGGCGCUCCUUGGCGGGCGCUCGACUCGCUGUCCGUUUCUGGCAACACGGCCUGCGCGCCGCAGCCCUCAUCACCACAACAGUCGAACCUUCAGCCAUCCACUCACCCUGAUCAAUUGCAGGAACUGCUGAAACUUGCUGAAGACGUCGCGACAUACAAACUUCGUCUCACGGCGGACGACGAACCAAUCAAAUUCUCCAUUUCUCGAGAGUCGUGGUUGAAACUGCAAGAAGACUCCAACUUUGACCUGUGCACAGGACGGAAAUUAUUUCGAUUCUUCUUCGACAGCUCGCGCUACCUUGUCACCAUUAUGCCUCCUCCUUGCUCUAGACACGAUGCUAUGGUUUAUUUCCUUCAAAGAGUCCCGUUCGAAACUUCGUCUGACUUGAUGUCUACUCUCAUGUCAAAGAUAUGGAUUCAGGGGGCCCCAGCUAGUCUGAUAUCCACUGGAGAGUACGAGUCAUCGGUAAAACAACCCGACUUAUGUAUCGACUGGGAGAAGAAUAUGUUAGAUCGCCGCAGACAUACAAUUGUCGAAGUGGGCAAGACCCAGACUCUUCAAGAUCUUCGAUAUCUCGCCCGAUUCUAUCUGAACAACGACGCUAAUAUCCAACGCGUUAUCCUCAUCGACAUCACCGAAACACCACCAUUUCAAUCUCCCAAAUCUAUCGAUAUCUCUCAGGGGUUUCAGGAAGACGAGGAGACGGGUGUGGUUUGGUUUGGCAACGCCAAGAUUAUCGGCCAGACGAAGAUAUUAUGGGAAGUGUGGGAACGAGAUUCAACUGGUGUUCCACAGUCGACCUUCGAAGAAACCUUCGCGUUCGGAAAGGUGCCACUAAGAGACCUUCCUUUCUUUACAAUCCCAGAAGGAGGUGUCUAUUGCGAUACGACCAUUCGAAGAGAAGUGGAUGUUCCCAUCAAACCGGAGAUGAUACAAAAAUUUUGGACUAAAUAUUGGGGUUCCGCGUGUUGGGUGGAUGUCCACAGACGGAUGUUUGGUUUGUUAGGCGAGCAGAGACUGAAGGAAGCGCUGGAAGAAGCUCGCGCUAGGCACCUCGCUCGUCUGUCUACCGGACCGAGCUGA